AUGCCAGGUUUCGCUUUCAACGAGGAGCAUGAAGCGACAUCAAGACGGCUUGAAGACAUUGGCACGCUUGGCAACCCUGCUUCUAGAGCGUGUGUAGCCAACAUACGAUUCCAAGUUGAACCGAUAAGCCAGCUACUAGAGAAUGUAUCAGCUACGCGGAACGAGGCAGGUCCCCGGCCACCCUACUUUCAGCUACCUACCAGAGUCGAGGCGAUGACAUUGUCCCAGUACUUUCUGGACAAUGUCCAGUACCUUCAUCCCGUCUUCCAGCCCUAUUGCCUGCAGCGCGUGAUAGACGCUGUGUAUAUGCACCCACAUGCCCAAGUCCAGAGCAAAGUGGCAGAUGUCGCGCUGCUGCUCAGCAUGAUUGCUAGUGCCAGUCAUCUAUGGAGACCACAGAGAAGCAAAUGCUUGGUCUUCUUAUCUGCGAAAGAAGCUGCUUCCAUGUCCUUGAUCUGGAGCAAUGCAGCGUUGGAUAUACUGGAGUAUUCGAAGCGAACUACUGCUGUAUCGAUUGAGGAUCUCCAGGCCACAAUCGUCAUAUCCUACGUCAUCUACAAUUCCCAAGGGUUCUCACCCAUGUUUCGUUCGCUUCACAGCAACAUUAUCAUGAUGGCUCGAGACCUUUCAUUGCACAAGACUGAUAGCCCCCGAAGAAACAGAGAGGCAGACUUGCCGCCAUUUCAGAUUGAAGCUGAUGUAAAGAGAAGACUAUGGUGGCACAUUGCUGCCACAGACUGGUUGCUCGCAUUUACCCCCGGACCACAAGAGGGCACCUAUUCUAUCCAGCCGUCACAGAUGCAUGUGAGUCAGCCGCGUGAUCUCGAAAGCUGCGAUCAUGACGCCGGGACUGUUUCACUGCUGCCUACCUCCUACUUUUUUCAGCGUGUUCGGCUAGCAGAGAUCUGUCGCGCGGUGGUUGACUCCCUGUCCCCCCUUGACAUGAUCGAGAAUGCAAACUACGAGCAAGUCAUCUUUUUGGACGGCAAAUUUGAAGACUUGGUCAGAAGUCUGCCGGCCUUUUUUUCGCUAGACCAUGAGAACGAACUCUUGUAUACUGCACCGCAGCUUACCCUCCAGCGCUAUCUGAUCCACCUCGGGAUCUAUACCAGACGCAGCAGGCUUCACCAGCCUUUCGUGGUAGCGGGUUUCACCGAUCCCAAAUACACGUUUUCCAGAACUGCUUGUCUGGCCUCCUCACGCACAGUUCUACAGAUUUGCUACAGGUUGGAGGAAACGAAGCAUGAGCUAGAGUUGAUCCCCGCCAGGCUUGCAACCGUGGUGCACCACGUCUUCAUGGCCGUUGUUGUGCUCGUGAUGGAUCUCUGCUCGAACAAGGUGGAAGGACUCGAGGAGCAGCGGCAUGCUGAAGUCAUCCGAGCGUGUAGGAUGCUUGACAGCUUAAAGCAAGACUCCGCCAUGGCCGCGAAACUGGCGCACCCUCUCAUCGAGAUCCUGCAGAAACACAAAGAAAGGCUGCAGCAAAGCCAGUCACCGGCUGUGCCUUUCACGGUGGAGGCACCACCUGCUGAUAGCGGGAUCAGUCAAGUCUCUCUGGAUCCGUCGAGCGAUUUCCACGGGCCAUUGUCCGACACUAUCGGCCAAUAUACAUCAGCGACGAUUCCCAGUGGCGGUGGCCAGCAGCCAGCAGCAAGAGCAGAACAUGAACAGCAACCAUAUGACAGGGAAUGGGAGUUUGAUGCCAUGAUGCAGCAGUACAUUGAUUUGGGCGAAAACAUAGAUGGGCAUUCUUGGAGUUCUCUUUUCGAUGACCUUGAUUCUCACCAUACGACGGAUACCGGGGGCGCUGUUUUUUAUGGCUAA